GUUGUGUUAUCUUAAGUCAAAGAGGCUGCUAUAGAAUUACAAACCACAAAGAUUAGGUUUAGUCAUUAAAUUGUUACAUCAUUGAUUGAUCAAGGUAACCUCAGUUUUCAAACUCAACCCAUGACCUCCGUGCUUUGCAUCUCCGUUCAGGGCAAUUUGGUGACCUUUUAUACCACUUCACUUCUUUAUACUCCUAUUCUCUUCCCUCUCGACCUUCUAGUUCCAUCCAACCUAUGAUUUUUCUCUCUUCACCUUUUUCUCACCUCCCACGGCAGUGGUAUCCACCAUGUUUCAAGUUGGCACAGCUGUUGAAGUCACCGCCAUCCCAACAUCAGCAGUCCUGGUUCUAUUACAAUCAAGCUCAAAAAUGACAUUGUUUUGUCGGAUUCAACCUCUAUGGCGAUGUUGUACUUCACAUUUCAUGUUUGACAAUUGUUAAUGUCCAUGGAGGGAUUUUUCAAAUAUUUUACUUUCUCCGUUCUUUUUUUAUUAUUGCAACACUUGUCUUAUUGACUAACAAGUCCAUUAUACCCCUUGAUAUCUUCCAUAUUAUCUCCCCAAUGAUAUACCUCUAAGGCUCUUAACUCCCUCUAUAUUAGGGUGCUUGACCUCUUUUUGUUUGAGGUUGACUUGGUAUUACUAGGAAUAGUCGAUUUUGACGAAUUCGGCAAUUUCACAACCACAACGCGGAAGAUCGCAAGGAUGAACAAAUUCCACGUGCAUUUGUCAAUCUACGCGUUCAUAACUUGAUACUGCUCUUUCAACACCUCACUAUUGUCGUCGCUAACAACAUUAAAAAUUUAGUCAAUUUCAAUUUCAAGUCAACUCAACUUUUCUUGCUUUAACAUCCCCCCUUAUCAAUUUUAACAAAAUUCAGCUACCAAUUUCUUUCAUCAAUUUAUUUGUUUAUUAAUUUAUUAACUGUGGAAAAGUCAGCCAACUUCUUCCUCAGAAACUUCAGAUUUUCAACCUACUUUUAAUAUUUUUUUAAUUUUUAGUUUUAUUCCAUUUCUAUGGAAUUUCAUUGAAUUUCUGAAUCAAAAUAUGAAAACCAUAGACUUCAUCAAGAGCAUGAUGAAUCCUUUUAAAUUCUACUCUGAUAAAGAAGGUUCAAAAGAGGCAGAUUUGCAGAAGAUUGCAGCACAAGAGCAAAAACAAUUUUCAUAUGAGACAUUAAUCAAAGCAACUGAUAAAUUUCAUUCUUCUAACAAGCUUGGUGAAGGGGGUUUUGGUCCUGUUUUUAAGGGUAAAUUGUUGGAUGGAAGAGAGGUGGCAGUGAAAAUGCUGUCACAGCAUUCAAGGCAAGGGCAGAAAGAAUUCGUCAAUGAGGCAAAGUUGUUAGCUCGUGUACAACAUAGAAAUGUUGUGAAUUUGUUGGGUUAUUGUACACAUGGUGAAGAUAAACUCCUUGUUUAUGAAUACGUCUCCCACGAAAGCGUUGACAAGCUUCUAUUCAAACCAGAUAAGCGUCAACAACUUGAUUGGAAGAAACGGUAUGAAGUUAUAGCAGGUGUAGCUAAAGGAUUGCUUUACCUUCAUGAAGACUCACAUAGUUGUAUCAUUCACCGUGACAUCAAGGCUAGUAAUAUCUUACUUGAUGAUAAAUGGAUCCCUAAAAUUGCUGAUUUUGGCAUGGCUCGCCUCUUUCCUGAAGAUCAAACACAUGUGAAUACUAGAGUUGCGGGUACCAAUGGUUAUAUGGCUCCAGAAUAUGUCAUGCAUGGGCAUUUAUCAGUGAAGGCCGAUGUAUUCAGUUUUGGAGUUUUGAUUCUUGAGCUGAUUAGUGGUCAGCGGAACUCUUCAUACAAUCUAUCCCUUGAUGCCCAAAAUUUACUUGAUUGGGCGUACAAGCUUUUCAAAAAAAGCAGAAGUCUGGAAGUUCUGGACCAAUCAAUAAAAAGCACGGCAGAUGAAGAUCAAGUAGCUCUAUGCGUUCAAAUAGGGCUGUUAUGCACACAAUCGGAUCCUAAUUUAAGGCCAUCAAUGCGUCGUGUAGUGGUUUUGUUAUCAAGGAAACCAACGAGCCUGGAAGAACCAACCAGGCCAGGCUUCCCUGGAUCAAGAUAUCGGAGGUCACGGAAUCCAGGUGGAUCAUCCUCUCAUACUGCAUCUUCGGGUGCAUCUUCCACAACUAGAACAGAUCACACCUCCAGUACGAUGAGUGUUACCAACACCACCACCCAUACUGCUAGGAGUUUAGGUUCAGAUCCUCGUGGUAAACGGCCUAUGCAACCGAGUGAAUAAUAAUUUUCGAGGAUAAAUUAGAAGAAUGAUUAGGAGGGGGUUUGUGAUUCUUUUAAAACUUAGUACAUAACAAUUUGUUUGUAUCCUUUGUUAUUUUUUUGUAAUGCCAUCUAGGAAUGUAAAUGAAGAUAGGUUGAAGGGAAGGUGGACUAUAAUCACUAUAUUGUUCAUCGUGAUCAUAACAAGCUAUGAAAUUCAUUAAAUUUUCUUUUUUUUUCUCUUUUUUUUUUUUCCUUCUAGGUAUAUAGCUUUCAUUUAUUUUUUGAGGGAAGGUACAUAACGAAAUAUGAUUUGAAACUUGUUUUUUUGUUUUCUA